AUGUCUACAGUAAAAGGCAUUGGAAGCUUUGGCAGCACUGCUCUAUUAGUAUCAUCUAUGACAGGGCCUGGAUUAUCCACCAUUCCAGCAUUAUUCCAACAAUCUGGUUGGGCUGCUCCUGUGUUUAUUUUUAUCGUAGUCGCAUUUCUAUCUGGUUGCUCGGCUCUGUUCGUGUGCGAAGCAUUGUCCAAUAUUCGAGGAAAUGAAAAGUUUCAAGCCAAAGUCGAAUUAACAACCAUUGCACAAGUCUAUUUGGGCACAAAAUACCACUAUUUCUUUCAACUGAUGCUCUUUUUAUCACUGCAAUCUGUCAACAUUGCUAGUAUCAUUAUUGCAGCACAAACAUUUGAUAGUAUGCUCAUCACCAUCUUCAAAGGCACAUGUGGCCUAGGCGUCUAUCCUGGCGGAUGGUUUUGUGUUGCUGAAUCAGCUGGCAUUGACGGCAAUUCGCCAUUUCCUACAGACGAUUACUUUAUCUUUACAUUUGGCUUUCUCCUUACUGCUGUGCUUGUGAUUCCUUUGGGCUUCUUUAGUUUAGUAGAGAAUAUUGCUGUUCAGAUGACAUCCUUCAUUGUAUUAGCCGGGAUCUUGAUUCAAUGGACUGUGGCAUUUGCUCAAGAAGGCUUGGACCCAUCGCGCCUACCAGCCAGCGGAAGCAACUCUACCAUGGUGCUCGGCAUAGUCAUAUUCAACUACAGCUUCAUCACCACGAUUCCCUCAUGGGUGAAUAGCUUGAAGCCCAAUGUCAACAUUCAUCGCUGCAUGUGGGUAUCCGUGAUUAUAUCUACUAUCUUUUAUUUGUUGCUUGGCAUUUGUGGUGCAAUGGCAUAUCAAAUGGAUGCAUCCAGUGACAUUUUAGCAAUUCUGAGUGCACAUGGGUCUACUGCAUCCAAGGUCACAGCCUAUUUGUUUCCUGUGUGUGCCUUGAUCACCUCCAUUCCAGUCUUCACUAUUGUCAUCCGUUCCAACUUGCUUCGCGGCGAAAUUUGCAGUUCAUCAUGGGCCAUCUUUUGGUCCAAUUUGUUUCCUUGGAUUAUCUGCAUCCCAUUACAAACUAAAAACUGGGUAAACACCAUUCAAAAUUGGAGUAGUCUAUUUUUCCAAUCGACUUGUAACUUUAUUUUGCCGUUCGUCUUGUACUUUGUAUCUCGAAAGUACAUUGCUUCCGUUGAGCCGAUCAACGUAGACACAGGCGAGAAGCAAACCUAUCAAAACGGCAAGCACUCUAUCGUGUAUCCACCAUUAGCAGCACCAUCGCCCAUACUACAGAAUCCCGAUGACAAUGACGUUCGUAUGUUCAAUCCUGAUGACAAUUAUUCAAUUUCAAUUAGAAGAUCAAGCAUCAGACCAUCUAAACACAGCCAAAUGGAGGUGGCCACCUCUUCUGCCUACUCGCCAGUCAUGGAUAAAAGCGCUUUGCCCACCAUUGUUUAUAGCAGUGAUAUCGCGUCAGUAGCACCCAACGAAAGCAUGUUCAGAAAACCACCCUCCAAUGGUCUAGGAAUCUCGCAUCCUCCCUCAGAUGCCUCCACCAAAUUGGCUUUUCCAGCUAGUGCCCCCGCUUCUCCAAAUCUCACAAAGCCAGAAAACUACAAUUCUGGAACGUCAGUACCGUCCACACCUCGCAUGGACAAGCUAUCUGUUCCCGUGAACCCAUCCUCACCGCGCUCCCCUGAAAUAACUGCUGCUGCUACUCCUGUGACUCCUCAGUCGCCUAUUCGGCCUAUCCAUUCGCACCAUUCAUCCAUGUUGGCAAGCGUAUUUUCAUUCAGAUCAUCUGCUAUUGCUCCAAAUGACGACUUGGAUGAAGAUAAGAAACAAGGAUUACAGGAAGAACAUGUGGAAUUAGAUCGCUUCGUUGCCUUUAAGCCGAAAAAAUGGCUCAAUCCUUUCUAUUUAGCCAUCAUUGCCUGCACUGCAUUGUCUAUUUCUAUUUUAUUCAUGAUCAUUUACGAUUUAACUUUGCUUGGCCUUGGUACUGAUGUAUUCGGCUAA